GGCUGCGAUCGAGGGGACCACAGAGCCAUCCGGUCACCAAGGGGGGCGCGAGGAGGCGUCUGCCCCUCCCGCAGACCUCGGAGGCGGAGGAUGGCUAAAUCUUACCGGCGAGCGUGUGGUGGGCGCUGCAGGAACCUGCGAUAAGUUGCCCAGCGGUUAGGGAAGCUGCCUUGAGGUCGGGAGGCCGGGAGCCCACAGGAAGUGAGUCACUGCAGAGCUGAGGUGCCUUCGCCCGGCACCUUGCCCGCAACAGGAGCUGCAGGCUGGCGCGGCUGCCGGCAUGGCCACGGAGGGCCCGGAGCUUGGGCCAGCGGGGCCGCCCGGAGGGUCCCCGGCGCCCGGGAGGCUCUAUGGGGCCUUGGCCUCAGACUGGGUCUCCCCUCCGGCCACACCCGCCGCCUGGAGCCUGCCCCGCUGGAGGGCGUACCUGGCUGCCGCCGUGCUCUGCUACGUCAACCUCUUGAACUACAUGAACUGGUUCAUCAUCGCAGGAGUGCUGCUGGAUGUACAGAAGUUUUUUCAGAUCAGUGACAGCAAUGCUGGUUUGCUUCAGACGGUCUUCGUUGGCUGUCUGCUGCUGUCUGCACCUGUGUUUGGCUACCUGGGCGACCGACACAGCCGCAAGGCCACACUGAGCUUCGGAAUCCUGCUCUGGUCAGCGGCUGGCCUCUCCAGCUCCUUCAUCUCCCCCCAGUAUUCCUGGCUCUUCUUCCUCUCCCGGGGAGUGGUGGGUGCUGGGACAGCCAGCUGCUCUACCAUCGCGCCCACCGUCCUGGGAGACCUCUUUGUGAGGGACCAGCGGACCCAGGUGCUGGCCAUCUUCUACAUCUUCAUCCCCGUGGGAAGUGGUCUGGGCUACAUCCUGGGGUCGGCUGUGACGGCGCUGACUGGGAACUGGCGCUGGGCCCUCCGAAUCAUGCCCUGCCUGGAGGCCAUGGCUUUGCUCCUGCUUAUCCUGCUGGUUCCAGACCCACCCCGGGGAGCUGCUGAGAAGCAGGGGGAGGUGGCUAUGGGGGACACGAGGAGCAGCUGGUGUGAGGACGUCAGGUAUCUGGGGAGAAACUGGAGUUUUGUGUGGUCAACCCUUGGAGUGACAACCAUGGCCUUUGUGACUGGUGCCCUGGGCUUCUGGGUCCCCAAGUUUCUGUUCGAGGCCCGGGUGGUCCAUGGGAUGCAGAGUCCCUGUUUUCAGGAGCCAUGCGACAGCCAGGACAGCCUUAUUUUUGGGGCAUUGACCAUUGUGACUGGCAUCGUUGGGGUCAUACUGGGGGCAGAGGCUUCGAGGAGGUACAAGAAAGUCAACCCGAGGGCUGAGCCCCUCAUUUGCGCCUCCAGCCUGCUUGCCACGGCCCCCUGCCUCUACCUGGCUCUCGUCCUGGCCCCAACCACCCUCCUGGCCUCCUACGUGUUCCUGGCCCUUGGAGAGCUGCUUCUGUCCUGCAACUGGGCAGUGGUUGCUGACAUCUUGCUGUCUGUGGUGGUGCCCAGGUGCCGGGGAACAGCCGAGGCGCUUCAGAUCACCGUGGGCCAUGUCCUGGGAGAUGCCGGCAGCCCUUACCUCACAGGACUUAUUGCCAGCGCCCUGCGGGCCAGGCGCCCCAACUCCUACCUGCAGCGCUUCCUCAGUCUGCAACAGAGCUUCCUGUGCUGUGCCUUCGCCAUUGCGCUGGGCGGCGGCUGCUUCCUGCUGACAGCGCUGCACCUAGAGAGAGACCAGGCCCAGGUCCAGCGGUCUGGUGGUGCAGGGACCCCGGACAGCAAAAAAGCAGAGAGCCAAAGCCUGCUUUCUGGCACUGGUGCCUCCAACGAGGACCCGAGACCCCUGCCCAGGAAAGAGGGUGCCUCCCCCACCCGGCCUGCAGUCCCCAGUUGGCCUCGACAGUAGCAGUAACUCUGCCAACCUUUGGCUGUGGCUCAGGACCCUGGCCGAGCUGCACCUGCCACUUCUUUGCUCCCAGACAGAGAGCUGGCAGAGCCUGGCAGCCAGGCAGGGAAUUGAGCUGUCAGCACCCUCUGUGGGAGGCCUGGGCUUGUGCCUGCACCCAGCACCAGGCCACCCCAGCCUAGGGUCCUCAGCCUGGCUGCUGAGGGGCCCCCAUUAAAGUAGGAUCAGCGCAAA